GGGAGGUGGGGGGGGGGGUGGGAGGGAGGGGGAGGGGGCUUGCCGCACAGGAGAAAGUUGCUUUGGGUUUUAACGCAACGCACAACGCCCGAACAUGGUGCAGCAGGCGGAUAGCCUGGAAAGCGAGGUCAACCUGCCCCGGGAGGCGAUGGACACGGAGGAGGGCGAAUUCAUGGCCUGUAGCCCAGUAGCCCUGGAUGAAAGCGACCCGGACUGGUGCAAAACGGCAUCGGGCCACAUUAAGAGGCCGAUGAACGCUUUCAUGGUGUGGUCUAAAAUCGAGAGGAGAAAAAUCAUGGAGCAGUCCCCAGACAUGCACAACGCGGAGAUAUCCAAGAGGCUGGGCAAGAGGUGGAAAAUGCUUAAGGACAGCGAGAAGAUCCCCUUUAUCCGGGAAGCGGAGAGGCUGCGGCUCAAGCACAUGGCCGAUUACCCCGACUACAAGUACAGGCCCAGGAAAAAGCCCAAAAUGGACCCUUCGUCCAAACCUAACGCUAGCCAGAGCCCCGAGAAGAGUGCCGGCGGGGGCGGCGGCGGCGGGGGAAGCGGCAGCGGGGGCGGCGGCGGCGGCGGCGGCGGCGGCGGCAGCAAGAACUCAAAGAGCUCCAGCAAGAAAUGUAGCAAGCUGAAGACCUCUCCGUCCUCCUCUUCGACCUCCUCCUCGUCCACAUCCUGCCCCAAGCCGGGAGCCGGUAAAACAGCCCACCACGGAGACUACGCGGGCGAGGAGUUGGUGUUUGGCACCCUCAAAGUGAGCGGCGCGGGCGGCGCGGGCGGCUGCAGCAAAACCGUCAAAUGCGUCUUCAUGGAGGAGGACGAGGAGGACGAGGAGGACGAGGACGACCUUCAACUGCGGAUCAAGCAGGAGCCCGAGGAAGAAGACGAGGAGCAUCCCGGGCGGCGGCAGCAGCAGCAGCAGCAGACGCAGCAGCAGCAGACCCAGCAGCUGCUCCGGCGCUACAGCGUCGCCAAAGUGCCCGCCAGCCCCACGCUGAGCAGCUCGGCGGAAUCCACCGAGGGGGCCAGUUUGUACGAGGAGGUCCGGGCCGGCGCGACCUCCGCCGGGGGCCACGGCGGGGGCGGCAGCGCCAGCCGCCUUUACUACAGCUUCAAAAACAUCACCAAGCAGAGCGCCCAGCAGCUGCAGCAGCCCAGCCUGUCCCCAGCUUCCUCGCGCUCUGUCUCCACCUCCUCCUCCUCCAGUUCCAGUUCUAGCAGCAGCGAGGAGGCUGACGACCUGAUGUUCGAUCUGAGCUUGAAUUUCUCCCAAAAUCCCCACUCAGCGACCGAGCAGCAGCUGGGGGGCGGCUCAGCGGCGGGGAAUCUAUCCCUGUCCCUGGUGGAUAAAGAUUUGGAUUCGUUCAGCGAGGGCAGCCUGGGCUCCCACUUUGAGUUCCCCGACUACUGUACCCCGGAGCUGAGCGAGAUGAUCGCGGGGGACUGGUUGGAGGCGAACUUUUCCGACUUGGUGUUCACAUAUUGAAAAGGGGGGGAGGGGGCACCUCUGUCUCUCCCUCGACCGGUAGUGCGGAGCAGGGUUCGAGAGGAAAUCGUGAUGAUGAUGAUGAUGAUGAUGAUGAUGAUGAGAAUAUUGAUGAUGAUGGGGAAAGAGAAGAUGCUCAUGAUGUUGUGAUGAUGACGCAAAGAAAUUGGAAAAGAUGAUAAAAAAAAAUUGGUGGAGUUUAAGAGAAAUGAGUAGUUUUUUGGUUAUUUUUCCUGUUUUUUAUUUUAAUUUUUAAAUUCUUUCCCCCUCCCCCUCUCCCUUAUCAUGUCUCAAGGUAGUUCCAAACCCAGCCUGGAGUUGUGAUUCCCCACCCCCAUCCCAAAAUGUGUAAUUUUUUUUUUUUUUUUGUAUUUUUAUUUUUUCCCCUGAAAUUGGUGAUCGCAACAAAGGCGUAAGGGACUGGGGGCGGGAGUAGGGGGAGGGGGGGACGCUCCGGAAGGCGCUGUUUGAAGCUUGUCGGUCUUUGAUUGAAGUCUGGAAGACGGUCUGCAAAGAAGCCUUUUGGCCGCGCAACUGUUACUCAAGGGGGUUUGUGGAUUUUUUUCCCUUUUUCUUUCCUGAGAGAUCUUACAGAACUGUUGAUUUAAAAAGAAAAAAAAAAACAAAAACAAAAGGGACCAUUGCAACUUUUUAUUAUUAUUAUUAUUAUUUUGGAGGGAGAAAACUGAUGUCUUCUAUGCAUCCGAUUCUUAACAAAACUGCAGGGAGCUUGAAAAAAUACAGACUGUACAAACGCUUACAAAAACAAAAAAAAAAC